AUGAGCCACGGCGGCGGCGGCGGGGUGAGGCCCCCGAGGGCGGAGGCCUUCCGCUUGCCCGGCCGCCACGGCUACGCGGUGGAGUGCUCGCCCUACCUGCCGGGGCGCCUGGCCUGCGCCGCCUCGCAGUACUACGGGAUUGCAGGUUGUGGAACGCUAGUAGUACUGGAACAAAGUGAUGCUGGGAUUCGUCUAUUCAGGAGUUUUGACUGGAAUGAUGGCCUGUUUGAUGUGACAUGGAGUGAGAGCAAUGAACAUGUGCUGGUCACUUGCAGUGGGGACGGAUCUUUACAAAUCUGGGACACGACACAACCCACAUGUCCACUGCAGAUCUACAAAGAGCACACUCAGGAGGUUUACAGUGUUGAUUGGAGCCAGACUAGAGGAGAACAGCUAAUAGUAUCUGGAUCAUGGGAUCAAACAGCAAAGCUGUGGGAUCCUACUGUGGGACAGUCAGUAUGUACUUUUAAAGGCCACGAGGGUGUCAUUUACAGCACAAUAUGGUCUCCGCACAUCCCGGGCUGCUUUGCAUCUGCUUCAGGUGACCAGACUUUAAGAAUUUGGGAUGCUAAGGUACCAAGACUCCCAGUAGUAAUUCCAGCUCACCAGGCUGAGAUAUUAAGUUGUGACUGGUGCAAAUAUGAUCAGAACUUGCUGGUAACAGGUGCUGUAGACUGCAGUUUGAAAGGUUGGGAUUUGAGAAAUAUCCAGCAACCAGUAUUCAGUCUCUUUGGCCAUACUUAUGCUGUAAGAAGAGUAAAGUUUUCACCAUUUCGCUCCACUGUAUUGGCAUCCUGUUCCUAUGAUUUUACUGUGAGAAUCUGGGAUUUCUCCAAACUCAAUCCUCUGCUUGAAACUGUGGAACAUCAUACUGAGUUUACUUGUGGCCUGGAUUUGAGCUUACACUACCCUGGUCAGGUGGCAGACUGUGCUUGGGAUGAGACAGUGAAGAUCUAUAGCCCUUCUUCAUUGGUAAUUUCUGCAUAGAAUGAAAUACUCCAUGGAAGACCACAAAUUUGGAAGGAAUCACUUCCAGUUUCCCA